UUCGAUUGAUUCUCAGACCGCUUGAACUUGAUAUCAUUUUCAAGUUUGAUUCAAAUCUUUAGGGUUUUUCUUACGGCGGUUUCUGGGUUUUGAUCCGAUUGUUGUAAAGAACUGUAAGUCUUGAAGAUCAAAGGAUGGAUAUUUCUCAAGAAGUUGAUAAUUACGUUAAAGAGUCAAUUGAUUACGUCCUUGGCCUUCCCGUUUCUACUGAUACUCUAGAGACAAAGCUUAGAUCAUCCGAAGAAGCCCGUAAAAUCUUACAGGGUCAGUACUUGCAUAUGCAGUUCAAAUUGAAAGAGAAAGAUGAAGCCGUUGAGCGUGUUAGGGCCGAGUCAAGUAUGAAUGCGUUAGCAUUGAAGAGAUUUGUUGGAGAAAAUCAUAAACUAGCAACGGAAUGUGCAAAUCUUUUGAAUCAAUGUAAGAAAUUGGAGAGGGAAUGUUCUCUAUACGAUCACGAUAGAGAAGCACUAAUGGAUUUUGGAAAUGAAGCCGAUGAACGGGCAAAGGAGGCUGAGCUCCGUGUUCAUGAAUUGGAGGAGCAAUUAACGAGAUUAUCAGAAGAGUUGCAGAAUCGUCAUCAACCUGAUUUGCAGUCUAUCGUAGACUCAUAUGUAAAUAGUUCAGAAGUGGAAGAAUCUCCACUGGAUUCAAUAAUGAGUAGUAUUGUUGGCAAGGAUGAAACUGGAACAACUGCACAUGCGUUUUUGGAAGCAAAUAGUGAAUCAGAAGCAUGCCAAACGUUAUUAAAACUGUGGAACAGUUCUGGUGUGAGUCCUUCAACACAGAAAGUUCUGGCAUUGGCAGCUCAAGUAAAGGCUCUGGAGAAAGAUAAGGAACACCUCAGGAUCAAUCUUAAUAAAGCGGAAGAGGAGGUGAAUGCAAUAAUUGAAGAAAACACAGUUUUGGAUAAGGAAAAUAAAAAGUUGUUGAAGCAGAUUCGUAAGGAAAGGAGUCUAGCUGGUUCUGAUGAAAAACGUACAUCUGGCAAGUUGCAGGGAAGUAAGCGGAAGUCUAGCCCAACUGCCCAGAUGAUUAACAGCCCUAUUGGUAGGAUUGAUUUCUGUGAUGUUGAUUCACCGAGGAAAACUCUUUCACCAUUGCAGUAUAAGAACGACUCUCCUGAGUUCCGAUCAUACAAGAAGUAACUACUAUCCUGUGUUGUAGUAGUCAUUUGGAUUAAAGGAAGUUACUAACCUUAGGUAACUGAUCACUCACAUUUUAUAAAUCUUACAAACUCUUUUCUUUUUACAAUUUGUCUGACUUGUUGUAGAACUGGGUUCUCAAAUGAGUUUAGAGAAAUUUAUGUUCCU